AUGUCCGAGCCGUACGCAAGGCGGUCCCGGCGGCCCGAUAGUCAUCAAAUGUGGGAAGAAUCAGAGAGGCAGACGCGACCAGACAACCGCGGCCAGGGCCAGGGCCGCGACCGAAACCGCGACAGGGAUCGGGAGAGGGACAGCAACCGGGGCGGCCGAGACCGAGACCAGCCGAGAGAGUACCGCGCACGCAACCACGACUCUCGGGACGACCGCGACCGCGACGCCAAGAGGUACCGAUCCCGCUCCAGGGACCGCCACGACAGGAGCAGACGUCAAGGAGGCGAACGGCCCCGAUCGAGAGACAGGGACGAGGACAGGAACCGGGAUCGGCCGAGGGACGAUAGGCUCGGUGGCCGAGGGCCCGCCAAGGGCCGCGACAGAGAACGCGACAGGCACCGAAAAGAAGACCACCCGCGUGGCAACGCUCGCCGCGACGACGGAGGAGACGACGACAACGACGCCGGUGGCGGCGGCGAUGAUGAUGAUUCCGGCCUCCAGCUGAGGCGUCGGGAUGGGGACAACGACAGAGGCACGCCCGGCGUCAAGCCCCCUCCUCCCGCCCGCGCAGAGAAGCAGGAUAAAGCCCGUCGUCGUUCCGCCUCCCCGCCGGUCGGCAAGCCCUCCCCGGCGCCAUCGAAGCCCCGUGACCCGCGACGAUCCCCACGCAGAACUCCGCCAGGACGGCCACCUGGACACCCUCCCCACGCGGAGCAAGCACGAGCGUUCCAAGAACGCCAUGUCUUUCCGCGUCGGCGGCCGCGACGACACCGCCUCCCCGCGCCCCCGGAGAGCGAUGCGGCCGAUUCGUCGUCGCGUGGUCAGGGUCGUCGUCGCCGCGCCUCCCGCGAGCGCGGCGCGGACGGGGACGGCGACGCGAUGGACCUCGAGGGCGACGAGGAGGACCGCUCGCGCGGUCGGCGGGGCCGAUACGACGACGAGGAAGAGGACCGUGCUAGGAAUGCCGAUGAGGUCGAUGAGGACGACGACGAGGACCCGGACGUGGUGGUGGAGGACGACGGUUUCGCCGACAUGCAGGCCAUGAUGGGCUUUGGCGGCUUCGGCACGACCAAGGAUAAGAAAGUGGCGGGAAAUAACGCGGGCGCCGUGCGUAAAGAGAAGACGACGCAGUAUAGGCAGUACAUGAACCGUACCAAAGGCUUCAACCGGCCUCUCAGUCCCCCGAGGUGA